AAUGGAUUUUAGCGCAUGGAAAACUGAUGACGCAUCAUUUUCCAGGUAGUAUAAAACAGCUUAAAAACGUCAAUAAAGACAUAUCACUGCGGAGCGAAGUCUUGUUGUUUAGUUUUUGUAAUAAUGGAACACGCUUUUAGUUAUAUUUUGAUAUUUAUCUCACUGUUAAUCGUGUCUGACGCCGAUGAAAGUGGAUGCAAAAGUCCGAAAAUCUACGAAUGCAAUACACAUUCUGACUGUACAGCACAUGAAUUGAUACAACAUGCCUGUGUUGACAAAAACGGGCAGAAAAUUUGUAUGAGAUGUUUGUGCGAAGACUUUAGCCAGUGUAAAUGGAAUAAAAGUGGACUUUUUUGUGAAUGCGGAGGAGGCUUUUUCGGCGAUCAUUGUGAAUGUAAAAGCGAAACUAGUCAUUGUGACCCAAACCCUUGUGUCCACGGCUGCUGUAAAGAAGAUGGUGAUAGUUACAGUUGCCAGUGUAAAUCUGGAUGGGAAGGACAGCAUUGUGAUACAGAUAUAAAUGAAUGUUUAUCUAGCCCGUGUGGAGUUGGUUACUGUAUAGAUGAAUUAAACAAGUUUAAAUGUGAAUGUCCGAAAGAUUAUAUUGACAACUGCCAAGGGAUUGAUCCUCUGGUAGUGAAUCUUAUUAUCGGAUACCGACAAGUAACAUGUAGCUCCGUCUAUAAUGGCCACGGUCCGGUAAAAGCUGUAGAUGGUAUCAUUGGAAACACAUAUAAUCUCCUAUACCACAGCGGCAAAAAUGAUGUUAAGCCAUGGUUUCGUGUAAAACUGAUUAGAAAAUAUUAUAUCGGUCGAAUUGUACUUUAUAAUAGAAAAGACCAGGUCUGUACUACAUAUUACGAUAGAAGAAAAAGAACAAAUCCUGACUGUGGGGCUCGAUUGAGAGAUUUGACGAUCAAAGUUGGAGAAAAUGUUUGUGCAAGGUAUACCCGUCCUCCAAAAAAUGAACAAUAUAUUCAGAUUAGAUGCGCGAACAAACCAUAUGGUGAUGUUAUCACCGUAAUGAAAGAUGGUGUAUGGCUUCACUUUACGGAGAUACAAGCAUUUACAAACUAAUACUAUAAAUUUAAUAAAAGCAACGUGCCUCCAGAUUCAUGCUAAUUUUCAAGAAAUUAUUGACAAUGUAUUCAAAAAAUAAAAUAUUGUAAAGUGAA